AUGUCGGAAGCGGCCAUGGCGUGUGGCGGCGGGCGAUCUGCGUCAAGGGCCUCGCGAAGGGCAGUGCGGGUGCAUUCCUGCGCGGUUGCGAUUGUGUUAUUGAUCUUUGGAACUCUCAUUACGGAGCAGCCAGCUCGGGGAAAGGGCAUCUCAGUGUUGCUUCCAGUCCAGAGAUUCCCCUAUCAUGUUAUUCUGAAAGGUCACGGCCAAGAGCAGAUGUGCAAUGGGAUCAUCAUUAGGGAGAGGGCCAUCCUCACAACUGCAACGUGCUUGGAAUCUCUUGGAGGACGACCCAUCGCCAUGAUAAACACAUUAGACGAAAGCUACAGAGGGAGGACUGAUGUCCAAGGAGUGUCCAUGGCAGGCUGGUGGUGGGAGGAGGUGUGGGUCGAUGACUGGCGGCUGCAUCCCACGUGGACAGGCAACAGAUCAGUCGGCGUCAACGCUGCGUUGCUGAAGCUUCACAGGCCUGUCAGUGUUCCAUGGCCGACUGUCGCCGAUUUCGGCUACCCUUUACUACCAAAUUCACGUGUCCACACCAUUCAGCCUGAAGGUUGCGAGAUUAGGCUGAGCCGUCAUGACGUGGUUGAUGAUGUCCUGUGCCCCGGAGGCGACAUGGAUGGCAUGUUCUGUGCUUAUCCAUGCACAGGCCUGCACCAGGGUUCCGCCAUGUUGGUCCUGGACGAACCCCCUUGGACGGCACCCAAUUUUUCCUUAACGAUGGGCAGCCCGGAACUGGACCUUCUCGUUGGCGUCUGCCCAAGCUGUGACUCGUCCUUCUGCAGCAACAGCGUCUUGGCCUGCGUUCUGGUCGGCCACCUCCGCCCCUGGCUCGACAUGUUGGCCGCUAAGGAAGACUGGGUGCCCCAUUGA